AUGUCUGCCGAAUCCCAACCCAUCACCCCCGAAGCCUUCGCUGAGGCCAUCAAGGCCCUGCCUCUCUCCGCCGUCUAUGCCAAAGUCUUCGAACUGCGCAACUCAAUAGCGCACCUGAAGCGCUCCAACGCGGAGCUGAGGCUUUAUAUCUUGGAGUCGGAAGGCGGGCCCGAAGCUGCGGACAACAAGGAACUGGAGAGCUACAUCCGGGAGAAUGAGGGUGUUAUUGAGGCGAUGACGGAGAGAAUUGCUCUCUGCAAGGCGGAGGUUGAGAACAGAGGGCAGCAAUGGAUCGAAGAAGGACUGUUUGAAGGAGGGGAUGAGGCUGCUGCCGAUGUCGCAGAUCGUGUGGCGGAUGGCGUGCCAGAAGGUGAUGGAGCUUCUCCGGUCAUUAACGGAACCGAUAGAGCGCAUGAUGAUACUAUAGACAGAGGGCAUGAUGAGACGAGAGACGGGACCUCUGCAACAGAAGAAGAAGCGGCACAUCAUAGCGGUCUAGUCAAUGGUGUCCCCACGUCGAACUCAGACUCCACAGCUACUGUGGCACCAUCAAACGCUCCCGAUCGACACGAGGAACCAGAGGCGGAAGGAGAGGGCAUUUAUUUGUGA